UAAUUAAAUUAAUUUAUAUUAAUUUUUAUCAAAAUAAUGUCUUUGAAAAAAAAAAGGAUAACUUUGGCAGACAAAAUAAAUUCAUUGGUUACUCCAGCACCAAUAAAUUUUGAUUCUGAUGAUGAAGCCGAAGAAACAAAAGCAAAGGUAGUUGAUUAUUACGAUGAAAGUGACAAUUCAGAUAGUAAUAUUCAAGUUUCAAAGAUACGUAAACAAAAUGUAUUCCUGGAUCAAAUAGAUAAAAGAUAUAAGGGUAAAAAAGUUUCAAGAAAAGACAUAUUUAAUAAAGAUAAUGAAAAUUUUAAUAUACAAAAUAUAUCAGAAAAUGAAAGUAUAGAUAGCACAGAAGAAGAAAGUGAUGACGAAACAAAUGAUAGUAAUAAUGAAGAAAACAUUGAUGAUAGUAAUAAUGAACAAGAUAAUGAUAAUAAAUUUAAAACAAAUAGAAAUAAUCGAAAAAAUAUGGAAAUAAAUAUGGAAACCGAAUUAGAAAAAAGUAACUGUGUUAGAAAUCAAUUACAACUUUGGGAAAAUUUAUUAGAAGUUAGAAUAAAAUUACAAAAGUGCUUAAUUACUAGUAAUCAAAUGCCUCAGUAUGAUAUUUACAAUAAUUUUAAAACAAAUACAGAAUAUAUAAAAACAGCUGAUGAAGUGAAAAAUAAAUUGAAAACAUUAUUAAACAAUAUGUUGCAAUUGCAAAGUUCUUUUUUAAAACAAUAUCCUGAAACAGAACAUUUAUCGAGAUAUAAUAAAAAAAGAAAAGCUGAGGAAAAUAAGGAUAAACUAGCAAAUAUAGGGGAUCCAAUGGAUGAAGAAAUUCCUUCAGAUACAGAAGAUGAAAAUGAAAAUAUAAAUGAAGAAAUUCUUUCAGAUAUAGAAAAUGAAAAUGAAAAAAACAUAGUUUUAGAUGAAGAUACAAACAAUUUUAAUAACAAUAUAUUUAAGAAGAAAUUGAAACUUGGCGACUAUGAAAAAAUAUUAAAUAAUAAUCAUAAAUCUUAUAUAAAUUACAGAAAUUCUAUUAUUCAAAAGUGGAAUGAAAAGACAAAGAUAGCUAGUGGUAAAUUAAAUAAAGAUACAAGUGAAUCAACAUUAAAACAAAUUGAAUUUGCUUUAAGUGAUAAACAGAAAUUGCAUAAUAGAAGUCGACUGAAACGUUCAGAAUAUAAAAUUAUUGGUAAAGCAGAAUUAACAGAAGAUAACGAUGGUAGAAAACUUCAAGAAUAUGAUUCUGAAAUUUAUGAUGAUGAUGAUUUUUAUCAUCAACUUUUAAGAGAUUUAAUUGAAUAUAAAUCAUCUGAUAUUACUGAUCCAGUACAACUUAGUAAACAAUGGAUAAAAUUACAAAAUAUGAGGCAUAAAAUGAAAAGAAAAAUAGAUACAAGAGCUACUAAAGGUAGAAGAAUACGAUAUAAUGUACAUAAUAAAUUAAUAAACUUUAUGGCUCCUAUCACAAUAAAUGAUAUGUGGACAGAUCAUGCAAAAAAUGAACUAUAUAAUUCUUUAUUUGGUAAAAUUAAAUUACCAGAUGAAAAAGUUGGAUGUUAGGUUUAAAACAAUUAAUAAAGUGUUAAUUUUAUAUAUUUUAUUAAAAAAUAUUUUGUAAGAUUUAUAGCAAUUUGAUAAUGAAAUGAAAAAAUAAUAUAUU